AUGCCACCGCCCCACUCUUACCAACGCCCGGGAUCAAGUCAGGGUCAGAGCUUGAGCCUCCUGCAACAUCAUCAACAUGCAGAAAACACCGAGUACCCUUCAAUUCCGGAGCUGGAAGCAACCGUCCAGCCGAAGAAGACCGGUCAAUCUGACUCCAGUCAUGGGCCAGCUGAAGAUAACAACCCACGAGCCAGACAGCCUCAGCCAACUGACCUGAUCCAAUCUGUCGAGGUCGGGACCGAGACCUCUGGCGGCUUCGAGCUCGAUGUUUCGGUCGCCAUAUGGCAACAGGAGCUUAUAAUGCAAGAGAUCUAUGAUAGUUCUCUGGGGCAGCGAGAGGAUCUGAGGACUGGUGGAGGCGGGGGAGAUUUAUCCACGUUCAACGUCGUCGCCAAUGCCACUGAUGCCACGCAAAUCGAAGCAAACCCAUUGGUGGAGCGUGAAACCCGUGGGCCAUUUGGUAUUGUUGUGAGAAGAACCGCCGGGGGUGCGGUGGUUAAGGGAUUCCCAUUCACAUCGCCAGAUGAGAGGGUGAUGAAGGAUAACUCUGGAAUAUUGGUUCUCAAUCGGCCAGUACGGCCAUGA